AUGCCUGCAGCAGCUCCAAGCAGUUCCCACCAUUUCCACUUUAUGGAAAUGGAACGGUUUUACAUUAAUAUUUCCAUGGCAGCGGAAGAGUUUAUGGAACCAUUGCAGGGCCAUGUGACCUUUGAGGAUGUUACCAUAUGCUUCUCCCAGGAGGAGUGGAGUCUCCUUGAUGCAGCUCAGAGGAGCCUGUACCAUGCUGUGAUGCUGGAGAACUUUGCACUCAUGGCCACAGUGGGUUUUUGGCGUGGAGGACAGAAUGAGAUAGCCUGUCCUGGACAGACUGUUUCCACAGGAUUGCUACAGGUCAGGACUUCAACCCCAAGUAUGUCUAUCCCAAAUG